UGGCGUCCUCUUCCUUUCUCCCGCUCGCCUCAGCGCCGACCUCCCCCUUUGCUCCUACCGCGUCGUCCGAGUCUAGACCCGGAGCACGAGGUGCUGUCGACGCGUGGACACCGCCUCCUGGGUUUAUUUCCCGCGCUGGGCCAGUCCGAGGCGCCCGUCCAGGAACGGCCGGCCUUACUCCGACGGCGUGGCUCCCUGUUGGUCGGACACAGCAAUCCGCGCUAUGAAUGGCAUCGAUACUACACUCCGCCAGAUGCAUUGAAGAAGAUGCGCAAGCCCAUGUAUGCUUUUUCCAUCCAUCAGAUGGCAUGUCUGACAGACAAUAGACGACAGUACUAUGGGCGCAAUAACUCGUUGAUUUCGCAGUAUCUGUAUAUCGAUCGUCUGCUGGACUCUUCUCGUCCACACCAUCUAAUUGAAGAAUACAACGGCGGUCACCAUCAUGAUGCCCAUACUCCUGCAAAUGGUUCCUCGCCACCGACUGAAGGCCCGGAGGCGCAUUUACCCACUCUCAAGGCCUCCAGGAUCAAGCGCACGCCACACAACCUCUAUCGAGUUCCAUCGGCCGAUGAAAUGGCGCCCUUGCUCUCCUCCACGCAGUCUGGCUGCGAGCAUUUUAUGCCCGACGUAGAGUCGCCUGGUAUCCAAUCACCCGAGGCGGAGGAACGCAUGAUCCAUCUUGCGAUUCGCAUCAAUUUCAUUGCUAACGUCAUUCUCUUGAUCUCCAAGAUCGCCAUUAUGGUUCUCACCAGCUCCAUGUCCGUCCUGGCUGGCCUGGUCGAUGGCGUGCUGGACUUCCUCAGCACAGUGAUCAUCUGGUUCACGGCCAUCAUGAUCCGUCAUCAGGACCGCAAUCAGUACCCGAUCACCAGACGGCGCCUGGAACCGUUGAGUGUGUUGAUUUUCAGCGUGAUCAUGGUCACCUCUUUCUUCCAGGUCGGGCUGUCCUCGCUGCAGAAGCUGAUGGGGUACGAUCACACUCUUGUCGUGCUCUCACCCCCCUCAAUUGGACUCAUGGCCGGCACGGUGCUUAUCAAGCUCCUUUGCUGGAUCUGGUGCCGGCUGAUUCCGAGCCCCAGCGUGCAACUCCUGGCCCAAGAUGCCAUGACGGAUGUCAUCUUCAAUACCUUCAGUAUCAUUUUCCCCUUAGUCGGUACCUUUGCCAAGCUGUGGUUCCUGGACCCUCUGGGCGGUCUCCUUCUCUCGGUGUACAUCAUGUGGAACUGGGGCUCGACAGCCAGCGAGUAUAUCCGGCGACUGACGGGCGCGGCGGCUUCAGCGGAUGACCAUAACAUUCUGCUAUACAUGACAAUGCGGUUCUCGAGGGUGAUUCUGAAGAUACAAGACCUGAAAGCCUAUUAUGCGGGCGAUAAAUUAAACGUCGAAGUGGACUUGGUGGUUGAUGAGCGCACCGCUCUCCGUGACAGUCAUGACGUCGGUGAGAGCCUGCAAUACAUGCUCGAGAGCGUGCCGACGGUUGACCGGGCCUUUGUCCAUCUCGACUACGACCCCUGGAAUCUGCCCAGCCACAUGAACCAGCUGGACCGGUAA